UCAUAAAAGACCAACUAGAACAUCAGUCUGAAAUUGUAUUAUCCCGGGGGAAACUGACAGUCAAAGAGCAAAUGGAAUUAAUCAUUGGGACGAACAACCUGGCUGAAUGUGUGAAGAGUGUGUCCACGAGGAAUUGCAGUUGAAGCGAGAAGUCCAUGCAAAGAUAGAUACCUUCAUCAAGGAGGAUACAAUCAUCUCCAGCUCCGCUAGUGCGCUGGUUCCAUCCCUCAUCUCUGAGAAUCUCAGGCACAAAAAGAGGUUCAUCGUUUGUCAUCCAACGAACCCUCCAUUUUAUGCACCGCUAGUGGAGGUAAUUCCUGCCCCAUGGACAGAUCCAGAGGUAGUAGUAAAGACCAAGGAACUGUUGACGGAAAUCGGGCAGGUGCCCGUGAUUGUUAAGAAGGAAAUUGAUGGAUUCGUGUUGAAUCGUAUUCAGUACUCCAUUAUUGGAGAAUGUUGGAGACUCUAUGAGGACGGAGUGAUGAGUGUGGAGGACAUCGAUAAAGUGAUGUCAGAGGAACUAGGACGGAGGUACGCCUUUAUGGGUCCCCUGGAGACAGCCUACCUCAAUGCCGACGGUAUGUAUAGUUACGGAAACCGGUACGCCGAGAUGAUAUACAGAGUACAGUCUAGUUUUGGACCACCAAGAAAAAUGGAUGGUCCGAUUCUAGAAAAGAUUCACAACGAAAUUGCCUCCAGAAUUCCUCUUGACAAACUCCACGAGAGGAGAAAAUGGCGGGACGUUCGACUAGCAUCACUUCAGAAGUUAAAAAAUGGGUUAGAUGAAAAAACAGAGUCGAAGUGACCUUACCUUUAUGUAAUAUGUUUGGAAUAUUGUGAUAUAGUAUGUUGUAAAAUCACACCGUAUCAAAUACAUUCUUGAGAUCAAUAAAUACAAUAAAAACUUUA